AGAAUGCGCACAGGACCUUCAGAGUUCAGACGUCGAGCGAUCAGGGAAGAGUCAAGUCACAUACAUCAAUUGACGAGAAAUGGAAAACAAACGACUGCAUCAGCAUGACUUGGGCAUUCAGUGUCAUGCAUGUUAGGUAAGGUGGAUGUGUAUUCGAGUAUUUCCUACUACGUACUAUACACACGCCUGCGCACGCUGGGCAACCGGGCAGCCUGAACUCGUGUUGAUGAUUGGCGAGGCGUUUCCACGUGUUUUGAGCCCCGGCGAGUGGAUGUGGAAGUGGAAACUGAAGGUCGCCUCGACGUCGAGUCAUAGACAAAACGAUACAAUAGGAUGACCUUGCAGUAAGGCAGGAAGCACUACUGACU